UGGAUACUCUAGCUAGCUAGCUAGCUAGUACAUGUAUCGCAAGGAGUUGAAAGUUGAUGAGUGGUACUAGACUAGUAGCCCUCCCACUGUCUACUCUAGCAGUUUCAAGUAUAGGUAGGAGCAAGGCAGAAUGCUGAUGAAGUCACAAGGAACUCAAAGCUGGCGCUUUUCUUUUUUCUCAACCUUCACGGUUGUGGUCGUCGCUUGCUUUCUCGUUGGAACUGAUCUUGCAGAGGGGUUUAUUAAAGCAGUCCAUAUUCCUACUUCUACCACCAAAGGUUGGAUCCGUUCUGAUGCUUGCAUCAAUCCAUUUUCUACUCGACCAAGAAUAGGGAGACGAGCAAAUUGCCUUCCCCGUCCAGCCAAGAAGGAGGAGGACAGCGAAGAAGAUCCCAUAAAGAGUCCAGCUGCCGAGGAAAUGUUGGAUGCAGCCAGUAAGGAUCCCUUUGUAUUUGAGAACAUGACACUCUUUGGCAAGCUAGACAAGAUCAUUAACGCCGCGGCCUUGGGAAUCCUUUUGUUGGGCUUUGUCUUGAACUUGUUUGGCUACGACUUUUUGGUGAAAGACGGCAAGGUCACAAUCGACACCACGGGAAAACGACAAUUUCAGAAUGAAGUCAAUCGAGUCAUGAAGGAAUCCAAAAGCACUACUACUGUUAGUAGGCAAGAAUAUACUAUCAACGAACGACAGUGAUGAUGAUGGUUGUGAGACUUGUGGUGUGGAAAAAGUGAUUGUGUGGAUCAAUGGCUGGUCCAUUUCGUAUGGUACCAUUAGAAUAGACGACGGAGCGACCCUUCCGUGCUGGUCAACCGUGAACGCGGCGGCAAACAUCGCGAAAGAGCACCGAAUGUACAGUACUGGUACCGGUACCACUUCUUGGUGGCCGGAGGGCACAAAGAUAAUAUUGCAACGCCUAGCCAGACAUGUGGCAAAGCAAUGGAAGCUGACUGCAGCAACCCAGAAUUGUCCACUCCCAGCCACUACCGGUACCGUACUAACGAUCCCACUUGUAAGCUCUUGCAUUCCUACCGCAACAAAGAGGGGGAUACCGUAGGCAAAAGUUAGUUGAUGAAUCGAAUCUCCUCAAAGCCAAGCCAGCUCCGACGAAAUAGCAAAAAGAACAACACC